UUGUGUUUGUGUCAAUUUGUAUUUUGUAGGUUAUGAGUUAAAUUAAUUGUUGUUAUUUUAGAGUAAAUUACAAAUGGAUUUCGAUACCUUUAAACAAUUACAUGAGCAACAAUUAAAUUCAUCAAUGAUCCCAAAGCAUUUUGUAAAAGUGUUACACGAAAAGCUUGAAAAACAAGUUUUCGAUGCCGGAAAUGCCUUCACAUUACUUAGAGUGGAUGACCAGGAUAUGCGAGAUAAAGAUUUCGUCCCUUGGGUUUUACAGCUUCAUUUAGAGGACGGUAUAAAAGCUAAUGAUCCAUCUAAUAUUUACCUAAUUGAUCAUGCGUGGACGUUCGAAGUAAAGAAUGCCAGAAAACAAUUGCAAACGCUAACUGAACUUCGCCGUCGCGUGGCAUCAAUCACGGGAGUUGAAGAGACAGAAAAUGAGGAGGAAAUGUGUGAACAGAUUUUUGAUGAAAUAUGGAAGUAUGGAAACUUUUAUUGGGCACAAACAAACAAUGUCGAAGAUAAGAUACCAAUUUGGUAUCUACUUGACGAGGUGGGUUCUGCAGUUCAUCACAGUGGAAAUGCCAAUUGUCGUAUAGUGCCCUUUCUACAUCUUCAUGACAACUCCAUGUACUCGGUUAUGUUUCCGACACGAGACAUUGACUGUGGGGAGAUUAUAACACGUAAUUUCAUGGAGAAUGUCGACAAGAAAGAUUAUGAUGCUUUGGUUUUGCCUUGGGUGACAAAGUCUUUCGUGGAUGUUAGUUAUGAACAUGAAGGUCCUGAUCCAGAUUAUUUCCUAUCUGGUCAUAUUAAAGAAUCGUUGCCAAUUUUAUCUAGUAUUCAAACACAGAAAGUAAAAACAAAUUAUAAGGUUUUCUCUGAGUAUAGUUUAUUAAGUGAGUAUCUCACAGAUGAGCAUUUUUCUAUUGUAGAUAAUGCAGAAGAUGCUGAUAUUUUGUGGCAGCUUGAGCAUUUUAAAAAUUUUGAAGAGCUUAGUUUAACUAAUAAGUUUGUUAAUCAGUUUCCUUUUGAAUAUGUCUUGAAUAACAAAGAUUUAUUGGCAAUUAUAUGUGCCUACAACUCGGUGGCGUACCCCCGAUGGUUGCCUAUAACUUACAAUUUAAAAACUGAACUUACACCCUUUGUCAGUUACUUUCUGAAUCGUGAAAAAGAAGGGUUGGAUAACCACUGGAUAGUUAAACCAGUAAACUUAGCUAGAAGUUUGGAUACUUACAUUACCAAUAACAUAAAUUGUAUUGUUCGCCUUUCACAAACUGGUACCAAAAUUGUACAGAAAUACGUGGAUCGACCGGUUUUAUUUUAUCGUCCCGAUAGUUUAGGGAAAGUUAAGUUCGAUGUGCGGUAUGUCAUUUUGCUCAAAGGUGUAAAACCAUUGGAAAUGUACGUGCAUAAACACUUUUUCUUGCGUUUUGCCAAUAAUCCUUUCAUAUUACAACAUUUUGAUGACUAUGAGACACAUUUCACUGUAAUGAACUAUACAAAUAAUGGUCAAAAUUUAAAGCACAUGGUGUACAAUGAUUUUUUACGAGAAUGGGCCGAGCAAUAUGCCAUGUGGCCAUGGGAAGAAGUAGAAAAAACAAUAUUGUGCAUGCUAAAAGAAGUUUUUAAUUGUGCACUUAAAAUGGACCCACCUUGUGGUAUAUCGGAAAGUCCUCAAUCACGAGCUUUAUAUGCGGCAGAUAUAAUUUUGGAAUGGUCGGAUGACAAGAUUCAACCUAAGUUGUUGGAAGUCAACUGGAUGCCAGAUUGUGAGCGUGCUUGUAGAUAUGAUCCAAACUUUUUUAAUGAUAUUUUCAAAUUAUUGUUUUGUGAUAUGUAUAAUCCAGUAUUAUUUCAUGACUUAAAGACUUACUGAUUGUGCUCUGAUUCUAUGAUUUGUUUGUUUAUAUAAUGUGUAAUUUAUGCUGGUUGCUAAUAAUAUCUGUGAAAAUUGAAAAUCUGUUAUCUUACCCUCAUCAUCACCUAUCAAUGACUAAUUAUAUCCUUAGAAAUGAGCAAUUAUCUAAAUAGUAUUUUUGUAAUAUGCCUGUCAUAUACACUAUUAUUUUUUAUAUUACAAAUUUACGGAUCAGCACAUCUUGUAAAACACAUUUUUGGAAUAUGCAUUAGUUUUACUUUUAUUCGAGAUGCCUACUCAUAAAAUUUCGUUUAAAUAGCUUAAUAAAUAUAAAACAAUUGAAUUGAGCAAAUACAAAAUGAUGGGUUGCGCAUGCGCAAAAUUUGUUUAUUCAUCUGAAUUGCUUAUGAGAUUUAAGGAACGUUUAAUACUAACACAGGAAAGCGGGCAUUUGUAUGUUCUUUAUGUGACAAAAAUUAUAAUUAUUUUGGAGUUUUGGGCUGUAACAUUUUGGCGCUUUAGUCUACGUAGUUAAAAAAGAAUAACGACCUGGCUUUGUACAUUUCAACCCCCUUCCUUUUAUGUCUAAAAAAUAUGUACCAAAUUUUGAUUCCAAGCAUGUUGAAUGAUAGAGGUAUACAAAAAAUAUGUUGCGUCACAAUUAAUAUAUUAUUAUGACUGAUGAAUGGGGAAAAUUCGAAGACACUAAAAAUGUCUGGGGGUCAUGAUUUCCAUAUAAAAUAAACCCCUCUUUUGUUUACAACGGUUAUACGGCGCUGUGCCUUACCAAGUUGGACAUUUUGGAUACUUUACCCGAAAUCAAAGUGGCAAUUGGAUAUACCUUACGUGAAGAAAAAAUUGAUUAUUUCCCGUCUAGUAUAUCAGAUCUAUAUAUGGUGGAAGUUGAAUAUGUUACCAUGCCAGGUUGGCUGACGUGUACCGAAAACAUUCGGGAAUUUAAUAGCUUGCCCGCAAACGCUCAACAAUAUGUCGAAAAACUAGAAGAACUUUUAGAAGUGCCAGUAAAAUGGAUCGGUGUGGGAAAAGGGCGAGAAUCAAUUAUAAGUAUAUAAUAUUUAAAUUUAUUAUGGCAAUUGUACUAUUUUAUAAUCACUGUUCAAAACUAGGAUCA